CGUCCAAAAUGCCUGCCCGCACAACGACGGUCGAAAUUAAACAAAUAACGACGCCCCUGGAGCACUCCGAAGCCCCCCACUGGGAUCACCGGGACGGCUCUCUCUAUUUCGUCGAUACCUUUCAAGCCAAAGUACUCCGAUGGGACUCUAAAACUGACCAUCUCGCCUCGCAUAAAUUAGAAUCCGCAAGCGUCGGUGUCGUCAUACCGAUGAAAAAUGCGCCAAACCAAUUCGUAGUGUCCGCAGAUAGGCGCCUGUACCAUUUCCGAUGGGCGGGGACGGAGAAUGACACCGGAACUCUCACCCCGUUGCUGGAAAUAGAGGACCACAAACCGAAAAAUCAAUCGAACGACGGCAAAGCUGACUCUAAUGGAAAUUUGUGGUUGGGAACUUUGACGAGACGAGAUGACCUCGGCGUGACCCCACUGGGUGGCUCCCUCUACCGGGUUCGCGUCGCUCUGAAGAAACGGACUUUGUACGAAGAAAAGCAGAGCAGGACGAGUAUCAGCAACGGCAUUGCAUGGAGCAGCGAUGAUAAAUAUAUGUUCUUCAUUGAUAGUCAAGAGCGUGUGGUUUACAAAUACGAUUUUGUAGUCGGCACCGGCUGUGUUAGCAACAGAGUGGUGCUUUUCAACAUGGCCAGUCACCAAGAACUUAAAGGCAUACCAGAUGGCAUGACGAUAGAUACGGAGGACAAUUUGUGGGUUGCCCUUUUUGGAGGACAAUCAAUAAUCAAAGUGAAUUCGUACACUGGAAAACUGCUGAAGAUCCUGAGGAUGCCAGUGGAGUACGUGACAUCGGUAUGCUUCGGUGGUCCUGAGAUAGACGUCCUUUACGCCACAACUUCAAAAUUGCACCUGGACGUGGAGGGGCUGGCGAAGCAACCCUCCGCGGGAUCUGUUUUCGCCAUAUCCGGAUUGGGGGUGAAAGGGUUCAGGGCAAAUGAAGUGCAGUUAAAAGAGAAUGUUUUAUAAUUACUCCAUUAGUAUUGUAAUUGUUUCGUGAAAUCUAAAUGUGGAAGAAUAAAAAUAAAUGAAUUU